AUCCAAAUACCCUAGCCCCCAAAUCGAGCUCGCAGCAGUUGCGAGUGGGGAUUCCUCCGCCGGCAUCCGGCAUCCGGCGUCUCCGGUCCAUUCCCCAUUCCCCCGCCACCUGCAAUUCCAUGGGGGCGGGUCACAGCGUCGGGCGUCGGGAUUCCGACGCCGGAGCAGGCGGCGAGGACCGCCUCAGCGCGCUUCCAGACGACGUGCUCGUCAGCAUCCUCGUCAAGCUCCGCGACGCCGCGGCCGCCGCCCGGGCCAGCGUCCUCGCCCGCCGGUGGCGCUGCCUCUGGCCCCUCCUCCCGGAGCUCGCCUUCGCCGACGGCAUCCAGCACCACCGCAUAGUCCCCGCCCUCGCCGCCCACGAAGCGCUGGACCUCCGCGACAUCCAGGUUGCCACCCGAGAGGCCUCCGUCGAGUACCUGGCGGUCUGGCUCCCCAUCGCCGCGCGCCGCCUCUCCGGCUCCAUGCACCUCCGGGUGGUGUGGCACGAGGGCGAGGCCGAGGUCCGGGCGGCGCUGGAGCCCGAACAGAGAGGGGCCAUCCUGCUCCCUUGCUUCCGGCGAGCCACCUCCGUCGUACUCGAGUUCUCGUUUCUCCGCCUCGUCCUGCCGCCAUCCGGGGUGUUCGCCCGGCUCCAAAUCCUCAUGCUGGUCGGCAUCCUCGUGUACGGGCAGUGCAGCCUCGGCGACGCCGUCUCCUCCCCGCGCUGCCCAUGCUUGAAGGUUCUCUUCGUCCAGAGCGCCCGCGGUCUGGGCAGCUUCAGGAUCCACUCCAGGUCCCUCCUGCAGCUGCAGCUGUCGGAUCUGCGCGACAUGCAGCAGCUCACCGUCGUCGCGCCGUUGCUCCAGUUCUUGAGAGUGAGAUGGUGCUUUACCAAUGUAGCAUAUGCACUGAAUCCAAGUCAACCAGUAGCCAGGAUCUCAGCCCCUCUCCUGGAGAAGCUCGAAUGGAUGUGUGAUUUCGUUCCUAGCUCUGUCCAGCUUGGUGAGAUGCCACCACAUCUCCGACGCCUUGUCGCUGGAAUCAUCAUGGUAUCUGGAUCAGAUUGCAUUGCUCCACACAACCGUUGUUGCAUUGGCAUUCUGCAGCGCUUUGAGCGUCUUGCUGCUCUCCGCCUCUGCCUUGCCUAUCGCCGGUCAUAGGUAACCACAAAUACUUGAUGGAAGACAUGACAAGGCUCCCCGACGUUGACUACUUGACCCUAGAUAUAUUUUCAUGUGGACAUUCCUUUGGACCCAGCUCAUUCCAUCUUCUCAGGAUGUGCUCUCGUUUGACAAUACUCAAGAUCAGAUUUUCUUGCCAACUGCCGGCACAAACCGGUUGCUUCUCAGGUUGCAUAUGCGAUCAGCCACCAAACUGGAAAACCGAAGAACUCGGGCUGAUCUGGCUCGAAGAAGUACAGAUCUUGAGCUUUGCAGGAACUGAACAUGAAGUCGCUUUUCUGGAACGGCUAUUCAGCUGGGCAACAUCGCUGAAAAGGAUGAUGGUAACAUUCCAUGGCUCCAUCACUGAGAGAAAGGGAAAAGAGCUACAGCAGCUGUUACUAAGCUUCUCCAGACCAGAAAUAUGUAUAUGCAUAUUACCAUGUAGUGCUCCAUCUUGAACAAGGUUUCAUACUGUUAUGUUCUACACCAACCCUGUUCGCUUGCACUAGUUAUCAAGUGGAGCAACUUUACUUUUGCGAGAGCGAACUCGUUUAGCUUGUUUAACUGGAGUAGCUUGUUCCAGUAUUGGUGAGACUGAACUCUUUAACUUAUUUAUCUCUA